UUCCAGACUGCUGGGACUACGGCUGCUCCUAAGGCCAUACAGACUUCAUAUAAAUCCAUAAUGAACUUUUUCACACUAUCUGUUGUUACCCAGAUGAGGAUGGGUUCCCUUCUGAGUCGGGUUCCUCUCAAGGUUUCUUCCUCUUAAAACAUCUUAGGGAGUUUUUCCUUGCCACCGUCGCCACUCAGUGGCUUGCUCAGUUGGGAUAAAUUCGCACCUUUAAUAUCUGUAUACCAUGUUGAUAUUUCUGUAAAGCUGCUUUGAGACAAUGUCUAUUGUAAAAAGCGCUAUACAAAUAAAAUUGAAUUGAAUUGAAUUGAAUUAAAUAUACGACACUUCUUACAUUUAUAUGCAAUGACAUGUUAUAACCCCAAUACAGUUAAUGUGCUCAUAAAAAAACAAAACAAAAAAAACAUUUAAUUUCUAAAUAUAGCAUCAAACAACAUAUUUGACAGGGGGAUUUCCAAAGUGAUGUCACAGAUCCAACUAAUAAUAAUAAUACUAGUGAUAAUGUUUCUUAAGAUAUGUUUUAUUAAAUUAAUUUUUAUUUGGCUUAAUGCUUUUUAUUAAAUUUGAUCGAUUUUGCCAUUUCUUAAAACAUUUUUGGCCUGUAUACUUAUAAAUACUGUCAAUUUGUGUGUGUUCAUUUUGUUGCUUGUUUAUUUAAAAAUGAUCAAUUUGUAUAAAAGUUAAGUUGGUGUGGUUGUGUUGGAGAUCGCAGAUGCUCGCUUUUGGCACUAUUACUGCUAAAAGUGCCUAAGGCCAUGCCCUUAAUAUUAAAAUGCGGCUUGAUUAACUAGGUUUUCAGGAAGCUGCUGGUUUAACUGCCUCCUGUGCUGUGUUCGAGUAAGGACGAUUUGCACUCGCAUUAAACGGGGGUAUGUAAAAAAACUAAAAACAAACGCGAAAUUCAUUGUUUAAACUGCAAGUGGUUUAAAAACCACCUGUAUCCGGAGAUGUCAAGGAAAGUGAUUGAACUGUUUUACGAUGUGGUUUCGCCCUAUGCCUGGCUGGGGUUUGAGGCAGGACUGAAGGCCGGUUUGUCCUCCAGCGAAGUGGAAGAACUGCUCGGCCUGGCAAUAUCUCAGCCAGUCAAAGACAAGCUGAAACAAACUAUACAGGAAGCGAUCAACUACAAGCUCUCUCUUUCUCCGCAGGCGUUUGGGCUUCCUCUCAUAGUCUGUCACAUUGACGGAAAACCUCAGGUGUUCUUCGGAUCGGACAGGUUCAAGCUCAUGGCUCACUGCAUCGGUAAAUAGGUUUUGCAUUUAAAUAUUCAGAUGUAUUAUUGUAUAAUAUACUUCAAAUUAAUCAGCUGUGUUGCAUUUCGUCUUUCAGGAGAGAAGUGGCUCGGUCCACAACCUGACAAGCCCACUUCAAAUCUGUAACACCACCCUGUUUAAGCACAAUUUCAAUAAAGUGUGUACCUAUUCAUAUUGUGUGUGUGUGUGUGUGUGUGUGUGUUGGUCAGUUUAUAUAUUAUACGCAACAUAUAAAAUAUAUCAAUACUUUUUAGAGAGUAUCAUUA